CCUGAGUUGUGCGGGUCUGUUUCCGGACGGAGGUAGUUUCAAGUCAUGCCCCCUCCCCCACCCCGCGACGGCGGCGGGCGUCCUAGAGACGGACGGAGGCCGGGAAGGAGCAGCUGCGCGCUGGGGAGAUGCUGAGCCCCGAACGCCUUUCCCUGCCGGGGCCCGAGUACCUGGCUCAGAGACAUGUCCUCACGUACAUGGAGGAUGCAGUGAGCCAGCUGCUGGAGAACAGAGAAGAUAUUAGUCAGUAUGGCAUUGCCAGAUUCUUCACUGAAUAUUUUAACAGUGUGCGUCAAGGAACUCACAUUUUGUUCCGAGAGUUCAGCUUCAUCCAAGCCACACCCCACAACAGGGCAUCCUUCCUACGGACCUUCUGGAGAUGCUUCCGAGCAGUGGGUAAAAAUGGAGAUGAAAGUCCUUGGGCAAGAGGAGCAGUCAUCCAGCACCACCCUUUGGGACUGCACUGAGAGAAAUGUGUGGAACGACACUAAAAAUUUGCUGACAGUGAAGGAGUACCAUUGUCUGAUGCAGCUGCUCUGCCCUGACUUCCCAAUGGAACUUACUCAGAAGGCAGCAAGGAUUGUGCUCAUGGAUGAUGCCAUGGACUGCUUGAUGUCUUUUUCUGAUUUCCUCUUUGCCUUCCAGAUACAAUUUUACUACUCAGAGUUCCUGGAGAGUGUUGCUGCUAUUUAUCAAGAUCUGUUGACUGGUAAGAAUCCGAACACUGUGAUUGUGCCAACAUCAUCCUCUGGGCAGCACCGUUCACGCCUGGCUCCGAGUGAGUGCAGCCCACUUGAUGGGGUGGAGGCAUCUCUAUUCUACCACUGUCUAGAGUCCCUGUGUGAUAGGUCAAAAUACAGCUGUCCCCCAUCUGCCCUUGUCAAAGAGGUACUGAGCAGUGUACAGAGACUGACCUUCUAUGGAUUUCUUAUGGCUCUUGCAAAGCAUCAUGGGAUCAACAGAGCCCUAGGGGCUCUGCCAGAUAAAGGAGACCUGCUUCUUGACCCUCCCAUGGAUCAGGAAUUGGAGAAACUACUAUCUCAGGUUUCAGGGGUCUCCAUCUCCACUCCAGCCGGCUCCAGUGGGGACAUUGCCAACCUGCCUACCCGCACCUCCCCAAGAAUCAGCUCCCCCUGGAAACCUCUCCACCACCACCAGAAAGUAAAUACAGAGAGCGAUGGCUCCACCGAUGAGACAGAAUCCUCUGAGAACUAAUCCUCCUCCUGGCUCCCACUAGACUGAUGGGGAUGUGAUGGAACAGCACCUCAUUCCAGAUGCUGAAAGGUGAUGGGCAUUGCCGCCAAAGAUGGGUCCCACCCAUUCUGCACCUGCAUCUACAUCCACACCAUUCCCCAUUACCAGGACCACCAAGCCCAUCCAAAACAACACCAUUCUCCUAUACCCUAAUUAGCUGAGGAAUCGCUCAUCUGGAGGCCACUUCCAGCUGUAGAGUUAUGCUGCCCUCUGCUGGCAAAAUGGACAAACCAGUGGAAGAAUGCUUUGGGAAGACCUCUCCACUCAAUCUUCCUCUACUCAAAGAGUGAUAGGAAAUUCUUCUACUGUUGGUCUCAACCUGCUGCAGUUGGACAGGUGCUAGCAACAGUGGGUGUUUUGUUGUGUAACUGCUCAGACCUGGUGUAGACAAUCUGGUGAUUAGAAGCUGGUCUACACUAGUGCUCCUACUAUAAUUACUCCUGGCAGAGCUGCACCUGUGCUAGAGCAGUGGCAGGAGAAGUUCCUAAAAUUAGAAAAGACCUAGCUGUUGUCCUCUCCAUACCAUCUGUGUUUUUUCCUCAGAGGGAGUGUCCAAGAGAUGCCAAAGUAAAAGGACACAAAGUUUCAGUUAAUAAGUACUACACCAUUGUAGUACUCAUGUUGUAGUUGUAAUAUAGAUGUAUGGCUCGUCUGUUGUAUUAGGUAUCCUCUCGAAGACCUCUCUCUAGCGCCUGUCUCCCUGGGACCACCCUCUCUAUAAUUACAUCAUCUAGGGAGAAGAACACAGCAUAUAAAUUCCCUGGCCAAGACCUUGUGGUCCACAAACAUAGUGUCCUAGCUGCUUUGUUAGAUGGAAUGUUGGAGGUGUAUUGGGGGUGGUGGGGAAGCAAGGGCGAGGGUUAUCUUCACUAAACCUCAGUUAUCAGUUGUGAGAGUGCAAGCAUUAAUAUAGCAGCAGUGGAGUCAACAUCACUUGAAUUCUGCCCCUACAAGAAUGAAUCCCCCUCCCUUAUGCAUUAUUACUGGAUAAUCAGACUAUUAUGGAACUGUAGCAGUUUGGUCUCCACUGCCCUGGAGGCCUAAACAGAGUUUGGCGUUUCAUAAUUUGCCUUGGUCUGCCCCACAGGCCAGUUGUUUCCCCAGGGUUUCACUCUCCUGAUUCUCAGGGAGUCUUUCCCCCUUCCCCUAGGUUUGUGAGGUGCAGAACACCUGGAGCAGUUCAUCUGAGGUUUGGAGCUAAAUUGGGCAAUGCUACACAGCCAAAAGUUAGGCUCCAUUUAAUGGAACCAGGAUGGACUUGGCCCUAGAGCGAUCUGUUAUAAAAAUAAGCUUGCUCAAAUCCUCCCCAGCCUGUGCCCCUGCACCAGCCCCAGCUGAGAAGAGCUGGUAGGUAGGUUAUUUAUGUAUUGUAAUUUAUUUUAUUUAAACUGCUGUAACAGUCCUGUCUGUCUUUGAGUAAAACUACACAAUCCAGGGAAUAAAGCACUUAGUGCAAGGUGAA